UAAAGAAGAGUGGGAGUUAGGAGUUAUUGUUAGAAUCCAAAAGAAUUAAAGGUGAAACUUCACAUAUAGUGGUCUUCAUCGGACUCUGCUAAUAUAGCUUAGGAUGUUCAUGGGAGAGACCUCUGACAAUAACUCAAACUCAUCGGACUCCGAGGAUGUUCCUCACUACUCUUAUACCGAAAACAAUAAACUCCUCAAAUAUCAAGAGGCGGCAACUUCUUCUGCCAGAAAGGAUACAGGGGAUUUAGAUGGUCCGCUUGCAAGACUUGAAGCAGAGAAGAAACGGGCUUUGAUUAAAGCAUGGGAAGAAAGUGAGAAGACUAAAAUAGACAACAGGGCUUAUAAGAUGCAAUUUGCUGUUGGAUUAUGGGAGGAUAGCAAGAAAGCAUCGGUUGAGGCAAAGCUUAAGAAAAAUGCGGAAAAAAUGGAGAGAAAGAAGGCUGAGUAUUUCGAAAAGAUGCAAAAUAAAAUUGCCGAAAUUCAUCGGAUGGCAGAGGAAAAAAGAGCAGGAAUUGAAGCUCAAAGAGGGAAAGGAUUGCUCAAGAUAGAGGACACUGCUGAGAAUUUUCGCACACGUGGCUAUUCCCCAAAGAAAAUCCUUUCAUGCUUUAGUGCUUAGGCUUUUUUAAUUUGUUUUUUAAAGAAAGGAUCAGACUCUCACAGUCAUCGCCUUCUGUGAUUGUUUUCCGGUAUAAUGGUAUGUGCUGUUGACAUAAUCGUUACUAGGCUUGAAAACAAAAACCCAAAACAUAAAG